AUGAAAUUCCUGGUUGUCUUCAUCUUUGCCGUGACGAUGUUGGUUGCAGUUCAGUCCCAAUCGACGGAAAGCAUUACGAGUUUGAUCAACGACAUCGAAUCCGAGCUGGAAGAAUUGGACAACGACUAUACCAGCGACUAUUCUUCUUCGUACUCCUCAUACCCAAGCUCCUAUUAUUCAUCGUAUACUUCAACAGAUGUGACAACAGCUAAACCCUUCAAGCAGCAAAUUCUGUCGAUGCUCUUCAACAAGAAGGGAUAA